UUGGAGAGGCGAGCAUAGCAACCAGAGCUGGAGACGGAUGUGAGCUUCACCUUCCUCCCCAGAAAAGGCUCAACAUCCACACCAUGGCCAACAUGUCUAGGGUGUUUAAGAAGACCUGCUCCAAUGGCAAGCUAUCCAUGUACCUGGGGAAACGGGACUUCGUGGACCAUGUGGACAUGGUGGAACCCAUCGAUGGUGUAGUCCUGGUUGACCCUGAUUACUUAAAAGGCCGAAAGAUGUUUGUCAUGUUGACCUGUGCCUUUCGCUACGGCCAUGAUGACUUGGAUGUGAUUGGUCUGACAUUCCGCAAAGAUCUGUACGUACAGGUCCAACAAGUGGUCCCAGCUGAGCCCAACAGCCUCCGGGGCCCCCUCACAGUCCUGCAGGAGCGACUGCUGCACAAGCUGGGGGACAAUGCCUACCCCUUUACCCUGCAGAUGGUUGUCAACCUGCCUUGUUCGGUGACACUGCAGCCAGGUCCUGAUGAUACAGGAAAGGCCUGCGGUAUUGACUUUGAAGUGAAGAGUUUCUGUGCCGAAAACCUGGAGGAGAAAGUCUCCAAGAGAGACUCUGUGCGGCUGGUGAUUCGGAAAAUACAGUUUGCCCCCCUGGAACCAGGCCCCGGCCCCUGUGCCCAGACUGUGCGCCGCUUCCUCCUGUCAGCUCAGCCCCUACAACUCCAGGCCUGGAUGGACAAGGAGGUAAAUUAUCAUGGCAAACCCAUCUCUGUCAAUGUUUCCAUCAACAACUCCACCAACAAGGUCAUCAAAAAAAUCAAGAUUUCAGUUGACCAGAUCACAGAUGUCGUCCUGUAUUCACUAGACAAGUACACCAAGACUGUGUUCGUUCAGGAGUUCACGGAGACUAUAGCUGCUAACUCCACCUUCUCCAAGAGCUUUGAAGUAACCCCGCUCCUGGCACCCAACUGCCAGAAACAGGGCCUGGCAUUGGAUGGCAAACUCAAGCAGGGUGACACCAAUCUGGCCUCUAGCACAAUUCUUCAACCAGGAGUGGACAAGGAGCUGCUGGGGAUCCUGGUGUCCUACAAAGUCAGAGUCAACCUGAUGGUGUCCUGUGGAGGCAUCCUAGGCGACCUGACAGCCAGUGAUGUUGGUGUGGAGCUCCCCCUGAUCCUGAUGCAUCCAAAGCCUUCAGACGAGGCUGCUAGCUCUGAGGACAUAGUCAUCGAGGAGUUUGCUCAGCAGGAGCCCAAUGGAGAGGACAGCAAGGAGGCUUUGGCAGCUGAGGGGGAUGAGGGCAGCUGAGCACCUGGCUCCAGUACCUAUGUGUGGGGGUCCCACUGCAACACUCAAUAAAUCAGCUUGUCCGGAUGUG